AUGGACCUCUUAGAGCACCCCUUGGAGGCUGUCGCCUUCCGCCUCUACUCCCUCCCGAUCCCGGAGGCGGCCUCCGCGGCCACAGGCGCCGCGGCCGCGUGGACCUGCCUCGCCGCGGUCCUUGCCGCCGCCGCCGCGGGCCUUUGGCGCCUGCGCUCAUCCACGCCCGCCGCCGCUGUCGCCGUCUCCACGAAGCCUCUGCAGCUGGAUCCGUCUCGCUCCGCGGAGGUGUCGUCGCCGGAGCCGCCGUCCAGGCCGUCGUUGCCGACCGCGGCGGCGUCGACCAAGGAGAGGUACACGGCGUACUACCGCGACGCCGGCUGCGUCGGGUGCUGCGACGUGGGCAGCGACGAAGACGGAAACAACGACGAGGAGGAGGAUGACGAUGCGGACGAGGAGCACGAGGACGGUGACCGCAACGUGUUCGUUUCGGAUGGGGCGGAUCCUUUCGGGUGGGAGGUGGUGAGGUCGCUGCGGCCUCUCAGCCCGACGGCGGCGGCGGAGAUGGGGCGGCGGUACCGGAGGAGCCCGACGGCGGCGCUCAGCAGCGGCAGCGUGGUGCAGCUGUGGGAUCACGGCGCCGGGGCUGGGGCCGGGGGUAGCUUGACGACGCCGAUGGCGAGCCCGCGGCGGAGGGGCCGAGUAGUCGUCGGCGCCGUCUCGGCCUUCUGA